CCUAUUAUUAUAAAUGUGUGGCAAUUAGCAGAUAACAGGCUAAAUCAUUCUGUCAACACAAGUUACGCACCACUCACACAUCACAAGAAUAAAAAUUGCAAAGGUGACUUUGGCUGUAUUUCACCAUUUCACCAUACUGACUGCACCUGUCAGACUGCUCGUUGUGGGACGGUCACUGGUCGCUUGUCCAAGAGCUGCUGGUUCAGCGCCAACAAGCUGCUGCUCCUGCUGUUGCAGAGAACCCACAGGGCGGACUUCAGCCUACUUUACAUACACAGGACGCCAAAACACAACAAAAAAACCCCUGCUGACUGAUACACGGACACCGGUGGAAGCGCGAUGUCUUCCCCCAGUACCACCUCCAAUUCUCUAAACACUCUGGCGCCCAAAAGGAAGACCAAGAAGAAGCACUUUGUGCAACAGAAAGUGGAAGUUUUCCGUGGCAGUGACCGGGUGCUGAGCGUGCUGAUGUGGGGAGUCAAUCAUACGAUCGGUGACCUGAGCCAGGUGCCUGUACCUGUCAUGCUGCUUCCAGACGACUUCAAAGCCAGCACCAAGAUCAAAGUCUGCAACCACCUCUUCCACAAAGAAAAUCUUCCUGGACAGUUCAAAUUCAAAGAGUACUGUCCACAGGUGUUCAGAAACCUGCGAGAGUGCUUUGGCAUGGAGGACCAAGAUUACCAGGUGUCUCUGGCUCGCAGUCCUCCACUCAAAGACGAGGAGGGACAGCAUGCUGGGCUGCUGCUGACAUCGUAUGAUCGCACUCUGGUAGUAAAAGAAAUCUCCAGUGAAAAGGUGGAGGAGAUGCACAACAUCCUCUCUGAGUAUCACCAGCAUGUUGUCACCUGUCAUGGCAGCACGUUGCUCCCUCAGUUCUUGGCCAUGUACAGAGUCACCGUGGAGAGCGAGAACACCUACCUGGUCGUUAUGAGGAACAUGUUCAGCCACAGACUGCAUGUACACAGAAAAUACGACCUCAAGGGGCCACUCGUGUCUCGUGAAGCAAGUUUUAAAAAGAAGGGGAAAGAGCUGCCUACUCAUAAGGACGUAGACUUCAGGAAUAACAUGCAAAAAGUUUAUGUGAAUGACCAGGACAAGAUGAAGAUCAUGGGGAAGCUGAACAGAGAUAUUGGGUUUCUGGUGCAUAUGAGGAUCAUGGACUACAGCCUGCUGCUGGGCAUCCAUGAUGUUGAGCGGGCUGAGCGGGAGAAGGAGGAGGAGAUGGUGUUGUCCCAUGAAGAGGAAGAGGAGGAUGACAACGGCCUGGCUGCUGCCCCAGGCACCACCUCACCUGAGGGUAUUGCUGCUUAUAUGAGCUCCUUCAAAUCCAUGGGUCCUGGGGAGUUUGACCCUUAUGUGGAUGUGUACGCCAUUCAGAGCGCUGCAGGUGCCCCCCAGAGGGAGGUGUACUUCAUCGGUCUGAUUGAUGUGCUGACACAGUACGACACCAAGAAGAAAGCUGCUCAUGCUGCCAAGGCUGUCAAAUAUGGGGCAGGAGCAGAAAUCUCAACAGUUCAUCCAGAGCAGUACGCUAAACGUUUCGGAGAGUUCAUCAAUAAGAUCUUUGCCUAGCUCCAAGACUCAGCUCAGGCCAUGUCUAUAUCAUGUCAGAUCAACAUCAAGAAGCACUGGAAAUUUAUUUACUAUCCAUUUUGAAAUGAUGUAUAUGCUCCAUAUUAUUCUACUGUAUACUGCAAGAUGGACUGUGCUUUAAUUUUGAGUGAAGAACUGGAAAAGAGGAAUAGUCUGCUUUAAGUGACAGCCUGAAAGACAGGUUUGCUGAGAGCAGCCAUGUGAAGUGAAUUUAGUACCUCUGACAUAAAUGUAUUCUUCUUAAGGUCCAUUGUAGAGGUGGAAAUGGUGAGAAAAACAUGUUUUCUUUGUGCAUCUGUCUUCUCUUUGAGAAAGAUGUACUUUUAAAGGUUGAUUUGUGAUUUCCUCUUUGCACAUUUCCCAUCAAUAAUUCAGACCAACAACAACUCUGCAGGGUCUCAGUCAGGAAUAAAACAAUGUUCCCUUUCUGUAGUUCUACAUUAAAAUGGUUCCAAGUGCAUAUUUAAGAUAAAUAGCACCAACAUAAAGGUGUAAAGGAGGCACAAAAUACAGCUUAAGUACUGUUAGCCUCCAUCUUUGGACAUACAGUAUAUAUUAAAAAUAAGACUGAAUGAUAUUUAAAAAUCUACUAUGCAGUUAUUACAUACAGUAAAUACGGUAAGUGUUGUCACUGGAAAUGUUUAUUAAUGAAUGUUUUAUCAAUAAUUAUGUGCUAUUAAAACCUAUUUUCAUAAAAUGUAAUCAUGUGGCAUGUGCCACAGCACACUGAUCACAGAGAGCUUUUAUAUCAAAAUGUUGUAACACACUGUAGAUCCUGCGCCAUACUGUAUAAUUUAUUUUACCUUUGAGUGAAAGCCAAGUAUCAAAGAAAUUACAGUGCUCAUAUGGUUGUAAGUUCAGGCAAAAUAUGAUUCAUGGCAUCUAAGAUCUGACAGUACAUGUGCUCCACUGUAUUCCUAGUGGAUUCUAUAAAAUUGUGUCCUUAUUUAGACCUCUCCCAUGUCCCAGUCCUCCUGGCACACAUUUCUGAAUCCCCUUUUUAGAUUGUUAUAAGGCUUUCACUUUGGGCUAAAAGCUGAGUGGACAAAUGGGGGGACCGUAAGUUCAGGAAAAUAAGCUUGUAAGAAUAAAUCCAAGAUUAUUUGAACUCUUCUAUAAGAAACCAGACAGAGCAGUCAAACCUGACACAAUCACAGCAGUCUCAGGCCGAGGGAAAAUUUUGUUUUGAUGUAAAAUUCAUCUCUGCAAAUUAUUGUAUGUUUGCUUCUUUAUACUGCUUAUGUGAUUUUUCUGCUAGCAUGCUCAAGAUAAACUGAGAGUUUAAUACACUGUUGAGUCUGCUGCCUGAAGGUGUUGUUCUAAGUUUC